AUGGAGAAUUACCAAGAACAAGCACUAAAAGAUAAUGAAAUCAUGCCACAGAAGCCUACGCCUUCCUGUUUACCAUCAACGUCAGCUAAAGAAUUCACUUUGAAAUCAAUUUCCCGCUUGUCGUUAAUUUUAUUCCUUCAAGUACGUAAAACUCUUAUCAGUCAUGGAAAUCAGGGGAAUGUCUUCAAGGCGUCAUUAGACCGUGACGAGAAGACAUUUAGGACUAAAAGCUAA